AUGACUCAGGGAUUCAAAUUAAACAUAUAUGGAAAGUGUGGUGGACAGAAGGAAGACCCAAGAUGCAUCUGUUCGGAUAACAAUAAACCAUCCGACUUAGAAGUCAAAAAGGUGACUAAUAUUGAAGAUGUCACCAGUUUUACCAAAUAUAUUCAUAAACUUCGGAAUCCCGGUGGAAGAACAUUCACUCUUCAGAGAGAUUUGGGUAAUGGAGGUACUAUAAGAUCAACCGUAGGAACCAGAGUAAACUCCAUAGAAAAUGUCACAGAGGUAUCAGUAUACUACUGGAAUGGUAACGAGGCUACUCCAAUAUUACUUGGGAUCACUACAAAAGAUCCUAAAAGCGGUAACACAGAAACCAAAUACUAUGGAAGAUUUGGUAACAGUGCAGGUCUAUCUUGGUUUUCUAGUCUAGUGCAAAACCUUAAGGAGUUACAAGCACUAGACCAACAAAACUGCUAUAAUAAUAAAGCUGUCGUAUUUAAUCUGGAGGGCUCCCAAUCUGGUUCUUUUCUAGACGGUGUUGGCUCUACUUGUAUAAAGAAAACUAGAAAGGUAUCAACUGUUUCAAAUUCUGCAUCUCCCCCUGGUAGCGAGUACAUUGCAAAAUCUUACAUUAUUAAUGAUAAUGAUCUUGAUACAAAGAUCUCAAGAGUUACCUAUAAGAACCAGCCUACUGACAUUCCUCUUGUUGAUUUUCCGGUUGAUGUAAUAACGCUCUAUUCAUAUCGAGCUAGUGAUCAGGUACCACUUAUGCUUGAAUUCAGACCAUCUGGUGGUGGGACAUCUUCCUGGUUUUAUAGUACAAAUUCAAAUGGUAAAAAAUGGAUGGAACAUGGCAAUGGAGACAGCUUCUAUGAUGGAGGCAGUGAUCCUCAGCCCACCGUACAACUUUCCGAAAAGCUCGACGAAGUAUUGUGCAAACAAUACGGUAAUGUUACCCUGGACUUUUCACACAUCAGACACUCUGGGACCUAUUGUUGCAAUGAACACAGUAAGAAGGAAGGUGGUGGAAAGGUCUCUGUAAGUGAAGUACAAGUUUUCUGUGCACAUCGGAUUUCAAGUCAAAUUACAGCCUACAAACACUCUCUUUCCGGACCAUCAGUAGCUGGUAUUUAUUACAAAGAUUAUGCUACGAAUAAUAGGAGGAAAAUAAGCGGACUCCCGUUCCCUAUGGAUGGUAUAGAUAACAUUUAUGUUUUAUAUUGCAACCGGAAUGAUCCGCAAGAGGUUGGUAUAAGAAAGAUGGUGAUGGCACUCUUUGGAGAUGGGUUGGUGGUAUUCACAAUAUCAAACCAAAUAGUUUUAACAACCUUGAAUGUAGACAAUGAAAGAAAGUAA